AUGGAAGCAAUUAAACUACAUAAAAAAUUUCCCAUUGUCAGCCAGGAAGAUAUCUUCUCGCUUAUUGAAAAGUUCCGUUCUGUCGAUAUUGACGACAAGGGCUAUCUCGAUAAGCAGCAGGCUGUCAAGACUCUCACCGACUCAGGCGAGGGAACUUAUGACGAAAUCCGUAAUACUCUUAAAACUGUCAAUGUUGACGCUUCAGGACGUGUCGAGCUUGAAGACUACGUCGAACUCGUCUCUAAGCUCCGUGAGUCCCGCCGCGGUCCUGGCGCCGCCCCACGUCAGCGUCUUGACGUGCCUACUUUUGGCAAUCGUGUCCGCUCUGCUAGCGGCUCUGGUGGUCAUCAUUCUAGUCAUACCCGUUCUAGUUCCGGCUCUGCUAACAUUGUUGUUUCUGGCUCUUCUUCCGGUACCACUCAUACUAUUAACGAAGAAGAGCGCACUGAAUUUACCCGCCACAUCAAUUCAGUUCUUGCUGGAGACCCAGACAUUGGCUCUCGUCUCCCCAUUCCCACCGACACUUUUCAGAUUUUUGAUGAGGCCCGUGACGGUCUCAUUCUUUCUAAGCUCAUUAAUGACUCAGUUCCUGAUACUAUCGAUACCCGUAUUCUUAACAAACCCAAGAAUGGAAAGUCAUUGAACAAUUUCACCAUGACCGAAAACGCAAAUGUUGUCAUUAACUCUGCCAAAGGUAUUGGCUGUGUUGUCGUUAAUGUCCACGCUGAGGAUAUUAUUGAGGGUAAAGAACAUUUGAUUCUCGGUCUCAUCUGGCAAAUAAUUCGUCGUGGUCUGCUCUCCAAGAUUGAUAUCAAGCUCCAUCCUGAAUUGUACCGUCUACUUGAGGAAGAUGAGACUCUCGAGCAGUUCCUGCGACUCCCUCCUGAGCAGAUUCUUCUCAGAUGGUUCAACUAUCAUCUCAAGGCCGCUAACUGGCCUCGACGUGUCAACAACUUUUCUAAAGAUGUCUCCGAUGGUGAGAAUUACACAGUCCUUCUUCACCAGCUCGUUCCGGAAGUUUGUGGUCUCGAGCCUCUUAACACUACAAACCUUCUUCAGCGUGCUGAGCAGGUCUUGGACAAUGCUGAAAGGAUUGAAGCCCGCAAGUAUCUUACCCCUACCGCGCUUGUAGCCGGAAAUCCUAAGCUGAAUCUGGCCUUUGUCGCCCAUCUCUUCAACACUCACCCUGGUUUGGAUCCCAUUACCGAGGCCGAUAAUAUUGAGAUUGAAGACUUUGAUGCCGAGGGCGAGCGCGAAGCCCGUGUCUUCACUCUUUGGCUCAACUCUCUCGACGUUGAACCCACCGUCAUUUCUCUUUUUGAGGAUCUCAAGGACGGUACUAUUCUUCUCCAAGCUUUUGAAAAGGUCAUUCCUGGAUCCGUUAACCCCCGUCACGUCAACAAGCCUCCUGCCAAUGGUGGUGAGAUGCUUCGUUUUAAAGCUGUCGAGAACACCAACUAUGCUGUCGAGCUCGGAAAGGCUAAUAAGUUUUCUCUUGUUGGCAUUGAGGGUGCAGAUAUCACUGAUGGCCAAAAGACUCUCACACUCGCCCUCGUUUGGCAACUUAUGCGUCGCAACAUCAUUACAACGCUCAAGUCUUUGUCUCAUGGUGGUCGCGAGCUCACUGAUACGGAUAUUCUUAAGUGGGCUCAAGAGCACGUCCACAAGGGUGGCCGCAACUCAACGGUUCGUUCUUUCAAGGAUUCCAGUUUGGCUACAGGUAUAUUCCUGUUGGAUGUCAUUAACGGUAUCAAGCCUGGUUAUGUUGAUUACGACCUCGUUACUCCAGGACGCACUGAGGAAGAGCGCUUGGCCAAUGCCAAGCUUGCCAUUUCCAUUGCGCGUAAACUGGGAGCUCUGAUAUUCCUUGUUCCUGAAGAUAUUAACGAAGUCAGAUCACGCCUUAUCCUUUCGUUUGUGGGCUCUCUCAUGGCUCUCAAGUUGUAA